AUGGAAGAAAAAGGAAGAAUCAUAACCCCCAAAUCUCGGGGUAAAUUUUUUUUAGUAUCUGCACUUUGCGAUAGACCCGAAGAUAAUAAUUUACUACAAGUGGAAACACUCCUCUCCAUUAAAUGCGCCGAUCCAAAUGUUGUAAUUCCGAAUCAUGGAAUUUCGGCGUUUCAUCUUGCGAUUGACAACAAAUCGGAAGAGUUCGCAGAAUGCAUUACCAAACUUUUCCUUCAUCAUGGAGGUAAUCCAAACGUUAGAUCUGUUGAUGGGAUGACACCUGUCCAUGUUGCCGCAGCUUGGAGAAGAGCUGGGGUGCUCAAGUUGUUGUUAGCACAUGGAGGUGAUCCAUUAUGUUUGGAUGACAAAGGUCGCAGCCCGUUUCAUUACGCCUUUGAUGGUGCUUAUUACCAUAUCAUUGCCAUACUUGGAAAUUACUGCAUCAGUAAUGACAUCACCAAGAUUGACAUGGAUGAGAGACCCAAGUACAAAUUGACACUAGAUAAAAUUCUCGUAAAAGAGAGGAAUGUCAUCGCUGAAUAUAUGCUCUCGGAUAAUUUGCCCAAGAGCUUUGUAGAAUUGGAAACAAAGCACACUGAAUCAAACAAAAAAGUUAAUGGCGAAUUAUCAAUCGAUACAAAAGAUGAUUCUAAAGAAUCAAAAACGUUGAGUAGAAUUGUAAAAAGGACAAUGGGAAUUACGGAUGAACGCGAAUUGCGCGAUCGAUGGAAAGCUUUUGAUGAAGUACCUGGGCCUAUCACGCGGACUACUUUCGAUGUAUACCUUAAAAGUUCAUGGCGGUUGGAAUGCGAGCGAGUUGAAGAUGGAAACAACAAAAUGCAAUAUAACAAAAAAUUAUCCGAUUUCAAAAUAGAGAAAUGUGCGUGUACAGUAUCGAAAUAUUUAUUAGUUAUCGAUUGGAUAAAUCGAUUAUUACAGAAAUUAAAGAAAAAAUAUGCAAUUGUCAAUCCGGAACGCAAAUAUUGCGGUGGGAUAUCGAAAAGCUCCUUCUGCUAUCUCUUGUUGGAUGCAAGAUUGACACAAGCUUUGCCACAUUGUGGUUAUGAUUCGACGAUAGAGGAACGAUGGCAUCGUUUUUUCAAAGCUAAAUUAAAGAAAAAAUAUGCAAUUGUCAAUCCGGAACGCAAAUAUUGCGGUGGGAUAUCGAAAAGCUCCUUCUGCUAUCUCUUGUUGGAUGCAAGAUUGACACAAGCUUUGCCACAUUGUGGUUAUGAUUCGACGAUAGAGGAACGAUGGCAUCGUUUUUUCAAAGCUUCCAGUGAAAAAGAAUCUAGAUACAGUAAAAUUUGCCGUAAAAUCUCUCGUAUUCUUGAAAUUUGACAGAGCGGCCAAGGUGUCGUGUGUUUAAACAUGUUCAAUCAUACAAUGGCCGAAGAAGCUUGCUCCCAUGAGGCACUUAUGAUCGAAGCCUUGGGUACCCAUCAUCUGACCAAUCGCGUUUACGGUACUCAUUACGGCUAUACUGCGACCGCAAUGAUGAGAAAAAAAAUCCCUCUGGAAAUUGCUUCUUUACAAGGCCAUGCACAUUUUUAUGCAUGA